AGCUGACCUCUGACCCCUUUGAGCAGCUGGCCACUAAAGGCAGGCAAAGUAAAAAACUAGUCAAGCGUGAGUCACGCUGAGGAUCCAAAACGCAGAUCUGGUGCUGAACUGAGGCCUAAACAGAAGUGUCUCGCUUCUUCUGCAAAGCAGCAUGGAUACCCCGACAAGUCACCUCACACAGUCUUCUUCAGUGUCCAUCCACCGUGUGUCUGAUGAAGAGGAGGAAGUGUGUGGCGCUCAAGACGUGGAGCUAAAAUUUGUGACACUGGAAAAUGAGGAAGGGGAGGAGCCUAUUUGUAACCUCAAUACUUUGGGGAAGAGCUAUUGUCAUAGUAACAGGAAGGGUUGCAUGCUGCUGAGCAUCUGUGGAGUCGUCAUAUUUGCUGCAGCGUUCCUAUUGGCCUUCGCUGUGUUUAGUGGGCGGUACCACUGCUUCCAGGUGGAUGAUGUGGAAGAAGAGGGCAAACAGCAGGGAGGUGGGGCUACUGCACCUGCAGGGGCGGGGCUUUACCUGGGAGAGCUGAGAGAGAUGAUGAGGAAGCUACUGCAGGAUGAAGAUAUCCACAAUACUGUCAGCCAGAUCAGCAGAGCUCCUCAUCCUCCAGGCUCCUCAGAGGGAACGGCUUUGGCAUCGGAGAUACUGCGUCGCUUCAGGAAGUUGCAGAUGGAUCACACAUGGACCGAGUCUCUGUACGCCACGCUGCAGUUUCCCAACAGAGCUCAGAGGACCUCCCUGAAGCUUGUGGACUCUGCAGGCCGGGUGUCUGAACAGAUUUCUCUGAACCCAUUGGAUUAUUGUCCAUACAGCGCAGCUGGAAACUACACAGGGGGUGUUGUCUAUGCUAAUUAUGGGCGCCCAGAGGAUUUUAAUUGGCUGAAGAGUGUGGGCGUAUCUGCAGCCGGCUGUGUGGUGGUGAUGCGUGUUGGAGGUGGAGUCAGUUUUGCUGAGAAGGUGUGGUUGGCUGAGAGGAAUGGAGCGGGCGGCGUUCUAAUCUAUCCGGACCCUGCUGACCUGCCGCAGGACCCUCGCCGGCUGGGACUGAACCCACACACUGCCGUGUUAGAACACGUUCACCUUGGGUCAGGUGACCCCUUCACACCCGGCUUUCCCUCCUUCAAUCACUCGAAGUUCCCACCUAUCCCAUCCUCUGGCCUGCCAACGAUCCCAGCCUUGCCAAUCACUGCCAAUGUGGCUGCCAAGCUGCUAAGCCAACUGUCUGGUCCAGCCUGUCCUCCAUCUUGGAAAGGACGUCUGCCAUAUGUCCACUGCCUACUCGGUCCGAACCUCAGCUCUGGACGUAGACUCCAGAUGACGGUCCACAACGUGAUGAUGCCCAUCUUGCUCAACAACAUCUUUUCCUCGUUGGUGGGUCGCGUUGAGCCAGACCAGUACAUCAUACUGGGAGCGCAGAGGGACUCAUUGGGCCCAGGAGCUGUGAAAUCUGGAGUUGGAACAGCGAUUCUGUUGGAGUUAGCGCGAACCUUCUCAGUCAUGGUCAAAAAUGGUUUUAGUCCCAGACGCAGUUUGUUAUUUGUCAGUUGGGAUGCAGGAGAUUUUGGGAAUGUUGGAGCGACUGAAUGGCUUGAGGGUUACCUGACCAUGCUCCACCUGAAAGCUGUGGCCUACUUCAGUCUAGACCAGGCUGUCAUGGGUGAUGACAUCUUGUCAGCCUACACCAGUCCGUUACUGGUCGACCUGCUGGAUGCUGCCAUCAAACAGGUGGAGCAUCCUAAACAUGCAGGUCAGACCAUCUACAGCCAAGCUGAGGGGGACGGAGGCAGCUGGAGGAUAAUGAAGCCUUUAUAUCUGAACAGUGGAGCCUAUAGUUUCACUGCCUUUGCUGGAGUUCCAGCCAUGGAGCUCAGGUUCACUGAGGAGCGAGCUUUCCCUUUCAUCAACACGCCGUUGGACAGUGUUGCGCGUCUGCAGGAAGUCCUGGGAGGUCGUUUGGGGGUUACUGGGAGGAGCGUAGGGGAGCUGGUGGGAGAAAUGGCACUGCGAUUGCUCCACGAUCACAUACUACCUCUACGCAUCACUUCUUACGCACAGACGGUGCUGCAGUUCAGCGCUCAGCUCAACAAACACUCAGCUGAGCUGCAGUCCAGAGGUAUUUCUCCUCAGUGGCUGUUCAGUGCCAGAGGAGACUACAGUCGUGCUGCUGAGAUGCUGCAGAGAGGCACUGAUUACAGCGACCUACACGACCCCGCCGCUGCACGCCUUUACAACACCCGCAUCAUGAAGGUGGAAUACUACUUCCUGUCUCAAUACGUGUCUGCUAUGGAGACACCAUUUCGUCACGUGAUCCAUGGCCGUGGCAACCACACACUAAGUGCCCUCACUAAACACUUGGCUCUGCUGACUUCUGACCCUGUACGGUUUGAUGAGAGUCGUUUCAGACGACAGCUGGCUCUGUUCACCUGGACGCUGCAGGGAGCUGCCAAUGCACUGAAUGGAGAUGUGUGGAGCAUACACAACACACACACCUACACACACUGACCAACACAACAAUAUCGUACGGAUAUUUUGGGCCAACUGUACCACAAGAGGAGUCAGGGCUGUGCUGUGAGAUAAACUGGUAUCAUCUGGAAAUGAGCUGGGACAGGAAAAGAAGGGUGUCAGAACUGGAAUGAGAACAGUGUUUGUCAUUAGCUUGGAGAAAACAAAGAAUGAUGGAUUAAUAAAUAAAGACUUACUGGAAUCUGUUUUAUUACCUGUUAACAACCAAAAACUUUUUGGAAAUAAGCCUUUUAAAGACUUUCUUGGGUCAUUCUGUGGCUUAAUGUGGAAUCAAACUUUACUGCUACUGUAUCAUUUUCAUUGUGUAUGUGUGUGCACAGUAAAAAACUGACUGUGAAAUUUACAUAAAAACAGUGUGAAUACACAACAGAAAGGUCCUGUUAACUGAAAAACUUUUUUUUUCUGUUGCAAAUGCUUAAAAAUCCAAAGCAAUAUGUUUUAUGUAAUAUCUACAUUAACAUUAUGUGAAAAAACACAUUUAUUUGUUAAAACAACAAACAGCGUUAAUCAAUACAGAAAAAUACUGUAAUACUUGUAACAGAACAAAUUUUGACAAGAUCACAUUAAAAUAUUGUAAAAACUACAA